AUCUGUGAUGUUGUUAAUUAAUUUCUCACUUAUUGAAUUGCAUUCAAUAACCCUGGAAUUAAUUUGAUACCAUACAUGUCUAAACCUUUUUUUAGUAAAACUUAAUGAUCAGUUAUAGUUAGUUUUACGGAAAUAUCUUCAAAUGUAAAAAAAAACUAUUAAAUCAGCUUCUCAUAACAUUUUUAAUUAUAUUUAUUUUAAGCAUACAAUGUAACUUACGAAUAUCAGAACAUUAUUUAAAGAACAUAAAACAUUCGUGAAGCGGGAUCUUUAACCGCGGCUAUAACUGAUUCUUAUUCCAUUAACAUUGAAUUUAGAGGGAUGUGGGCACUACUGGGCGUGGUAGCCUUGGCUUCGUCAGCCACAGCAUGCUGGUCAAGUAUCACAACGGUUAGCGGCACCCACGCUCCGGAGACCGUGUGCUCUGGCAGCAUUAUAUUCGCUGAUGACUUUCAAGAGUUCGAUCUUGAGAAAUGGCAACAUGAGAACACAUUGGCCGGAGGCGGUAAUUGGGAGUUCCAGUACUAUAGCAAUAAUAGAACAAACUCAUAUACACGCGGUGGAAUUCUCUACAUCAAGCCUUCAUUGACAUCAGAUCAGUUUGGAGAACAUUUCCUCACAAGUGGUCUCCUUAAUGUUGAAGGAGGCGCACCUGCUGAUAGAUGUACAAAUCCACAAUGGUACGGUUGCGAACGCCAAGGAACACCAACCAAUAUCAUAAACCCUAUCAAAAGUGCUCGAUUACGUACAGUACAUUCUUUCAGUUUUCGCUAUGGCCGAGUUGAAGUUAGAGCUAAGAUGCCCGCUGGUGAUUGGUUAUGGCCAGCAAUCUGGCUAAUGCCUGCACACAAUGCAUACGGUACAUGGCCGUCAUCAGGAGAGAUCGAUUUAGUAGAAUCUCGCGGUAAUCGUAACAUGUUUUUAAAUGGAGUUCACAUCGGAACACAAGAAGCUGGCUCAACUCUCCAUUAUGGACCAUAUCCAGAAUUAAAUGGAUGGGAACGUGCCCACUGGCUUAGGAGGAACAGCAAUGGGUACGACAGAGCUUUCCAUCGCUAUCAAUUAGAAUGGACUCCAGAUUAUAUUAGAUUUAGCAUCGAUGAUGUGGAACUAGGCAGAGCGGCACCCGGGAACGGAGGUUUCUGGGAAUAUGGUGGCUUUAAUAGAAAUCAAAAUAUUCUCAAUCCCUGGAGAUACGGCAGCAAAAUGGCACCUUUCGAUCAAAAAUUCUACCUAAUCAUGAACCUAGCAGUUGGUGGCACAAAUGGAUUCUUCCCUGAUGGCGUUGCAAAUCCAAGCCCAAAACCAUGGUGGAAUGGCUCACCAACGGCACCAAGAGACUUUUGGAACGCAAGAAAUAAUUGGCUACCAACAUGGAACACCAAUGUAAAUAAUGGUGAAGACGCUGCUCUACAGGUCGACUAUGUACGCGUUUGGGCGUUGUAAACCAGAAAACUGAUAAAAU